AUGCCAACGAUUGGUGAACUUCAUGAAGUUUAUUCGAAUAAUCCAAAUGGUCUUUUGCAGACGAUCAAUUCAAUUUAUGAUCGAAUUGAAAAAGAAGGUUUAAAACCCAUUUGGAUUUCAAUUGUUCCACGAGAAAAAGUUUUAAAACGAGUUGAAGAAUUGUUAUCAAUUUCUCAAGAUGAUCGUGAUGCUUAUCCAUUAUUUGGAAUUCCAUUUGCAGUGAAAGAUAAUAUUGAUGUAAUUGAUUUGAAGACAACAGCAGCAUGUUCAUCAUUUGCUGAUGAAAAAGCAACGAAAAGUGCAUUUGUUGUUUGUAAACUUGAAGAAGCAGGUGCAAUUGUAAUCGGAAAAACCAAUAUGGAUCAAUUUGCAACAGGUUUAGUCGGAAUUCGUUCGCCAUUUGGAAUUUGUUCGAGUGUUUUUCAUAAAAAUUUCAUCUCAGGUGGUUCAAGUUCAGGUUCAGCAGUUAGCGUUGGUAAUGGUUUAGUGACAUUUGCAUUGGGAACAGAUACAGCUGGAUCAGGUCGAGUUCCAGCAAUGUUCAAUAAUGUUAUUGGAAUGAAACCAACACGUGGUUUAUUAAGUUGUUCCGGUGUUGUUCCAGCAUGUCGAAGUGUUGAUUGUGUUUCAAUUUUUGCUGAAACAUGUAAAGAUGCAUCAAUAAUCUUGUCAGUUGCUCAUGGCUAUGAUGAAAAUGAUCCAUAUUCUCGUCAAUUAUCAUUUUGUUCAUCACCAUGGAUUAUUUCAUCGAAAUUUCGUUGUGGUGUUCCAACAAAAUCAACUCGUCAAUUCUUUGGUGAUACAGAAAAUGGUGAAUUAUUUGAAAAAGUAAUUAAAACUGUGGAAACUGAAUUGAAUGGGGAAAUCAUUGAAUUUGAUUUGACUUCAUUUGUGAAAGUUGCCAAUUUGCUUUAUAAAGGACCUUGGGUUGCUGAACGUUAUGCUUCUGUUGGUAAAUUUAUUGAUGAACAUCAAUCUGAUAUUGAUCCAACUGUUUUCUCAAUUAUUUCCAAAUCGAAAUCUUAUUCUGCAGUUGAUGUUUUCAAUUCGAUGUAUGAAAUUGAAAAAUUGAAGAAAGAAACAAAAGAAUUGUGGAAGAAUUUUGAUGUGAUGUUAGUUCCAACUGCACCUCGAACUUUUACAAUUGAUCAAAUUCAACAAUCACCAAUUGAACUCAAUACUCAACUCGGCUUUUAUACAAAUUUUGUAAAUUUACUUGAUUUAACAGCAAUUGCAUUACCUGCUGGUCUUCGUCAAGAUCAUUUACCUUUUGGUGUGACUUUUAUUUCUCAUUCGUUUACUGAUCAAGCACUUCUUCUUCUUGCUGAUCGACUUCAUCGUUGUCUUUCAACAUUUAUUGGUUGUUCAACUACACAUCUUUUAUCUAAUACACAAAAAUUAUCAAUGAAAGAAAACGAUGAACAAUGGAAUUGUUUUCUCAUUGGUGUUGUUGGUGCUCAUCUCUCCGAUUUACCAUUGAAUUAUCAACUCAUCGAAAGAAAUGCAAGAUUUGUUCGCAAAUGUCGAACUCAUCAAGAAUAUCGUCUUUAUGCACUUUCAAAUACGAAUCCGUGUAAGCCGGGAUUGAUUCGAGUCAAUGGAAGUCAAGGAUCAGGAAUUGAAAUCGAAAUUUGGGCAAUUCCAAAUGAAUAUUUGGCAAGUUUUGUCAAUUUAAUUUCAUCACCACUUACGAUUGGAAAUAUUCUUCUUGAUGAUGGACAAUCGGUGAAAGGUUUUCUUGUAGAAUCAUCUGGUAUCGAGACGGCAAAAGAUAUCACUCAUUUCGGAGGAUGGAAAGCUUAUCUUAACGCUUCAGAAGGAUAA